AUGGCUGCUCCCGUGGCGCUCAUUCAAGGAGCCAGCAGAGGACUGGGGCUUGAGUUCUGCAGACACAUCCUGAGAAACAAAACCCCCGCUGCUGUCAUAGCGACAUGUCGAAACCCGGAUGGAGCGGCCGAGCUGCGGGGCCUGGCCGGGCAACACCCGGGCAGACUGACGCUCCUCCAGCUGGACGUGAACCGGGAGGAGGACAUCCGUGGAGCUGCGGAUCGGGUUAAGGAGAGCUUCGGUAGGCUGGAUCUGAUCGUCAACUCCUCGGCGAUGCUUCAUCCCUCCGGUAAAGGAGAGACCAGCCUGAGAGAUGUGUCUGCUCAGGGCAUCAUUUCCACCUUGACGACCAACACAGUGGGCCCCCUGGUCAUGGCCAAGUAUUUCGCCCCCCUCCUACAGAAGGGCGGAGGGAGUUUCGGUCAGCAGCCUGCAGAGAAAGCCAAGCAGCACAGUGGCAUCAUCGUCAACAUCACCGCCAAAGUGGGAUCUAUUGGCGACAACGGUCUUGGUGGCUGGUACAGCUACAGAAUGUCUAAAGCAGCUCUCAACAUGGCUACCAGGAACCUGUCCAUAGAGCUGGGUCGCAGUCGACCCAAGGUGGUGUGUGUGUGCUUACAUCCAGGAACAGUCAACACAGACCUCUCCCGGCCGUAUCACAAGAACGUGCCAAAAGGCAAGCUGUUCAGUGCCGAACACUCUGUGACCUGUCUGAUGAGCAUCAUAGACUCUCUGAACAUUGACAAGACUGGCAGGGCGUACAGCUGGGACGGGACUGAACUUCCUUGGUAGAAACAAUAAAUGGACAGAGAAAGAGAGGUUAAUUUACUGACCUCUGCUCUUGACGGAGCGUGCAAUGAGCUGGACUUUACACUGAAAGGAGGUUCUCAAGGUGGAGUGACAGUCUAAACAGUCAAAAACAAACCUCUUUCACUACCUCACAACCAGCCAAAGUUUAAUACAGUUGUAGUUAUACUAAUGAUCUAAUGCAGAACAGUGUGUUUCCCUCUGCUCCAGUCUUUGGGGCAAGCUAAGCCAAACAUCUGCUAGCCUGUAGCUUCUUGACAGACAGAUGUGAGGGUGGUACUGAUCUUCAGGGUUGGGGAGUAAUGGAAUACAAGUAACUGUUUCCUUGAGUGUGAUGCCUAAAAGCAAUUUCAGAUACUCCUGUUUGUGUUUCGUGCCUUAUUGUUUAAUAAAAUCAGUGUUUGU